ACGUGCGCACACACGCAUCCAGCAGUCGGUCCGUUCACCCCGUGGUGGAGGCCGCAUUGACAUCGGACUCUUAGCGGCGGACAGUCACGCCAAGCCGCGACACUUUCCUGGUGGUCUUGCAGCCGCUGGAUUUUGGGGUGGGGGAAAGCAAUCUAUCCGUCUGCGCGUGCGCGUGUUGGACGCCGAAAAACAAGGGUCCACAAAUGAAAGUGAGGGGCUCGCUCGCCUCGCUCUCAGGUGCACACGACGCAGCUGAGGAUGCAGAAGUCACCCGUGGAAGAUGCCAACUUCCUCUCCAGGUUUUUCUUUUGGUGGACAUCACCGCUGCUUCGGAAGGGCUUUAGGAAGAGGUUGGACCUCUCUGACGUUUAUAAAGCACCUUCGUACGAUCUUGCCGGGAACCUCUCGGAGAGGCUCGAAAGAGAAUGGGAUCGAGAAGUGGUUUCUGCCAAGAAAAAACCCAGAUUGAUGCGAGCACUGGCACGAUGCUUCAUCUGCCCCUUUGCCUUUUUCGGGAUCCUCCUCUACCUCGGGGAGGCCUCCAAGGCGGUGCAACCGCAGCUUCUGGGCCGCAUCAUCGCCUCCUUCGACCCCUUCCAUGCACCGGAGCGCGGCCAAGGUUACUUCCUGGCAUUGGGCCUCUGCCUGCUCUUCACCGCACGCUUCCUACUGUUGCAGCCGGCGAUAUUUGGACUGCAUCACCUGGGCAUGCAGAUUCGUAUUGCACUCUUCAGCCUCAUCUACAAAAAGACCCUGAAGCUUUCCAGUCGGGUGUUGGACAAAAUUAGCACGGGUCAGCUCGUGAGUCUGAUGUCAGCCCACCUUAACAAACUGGAUGAGAGCCUGGCCCUGGCGCACUUUGUGUGGAUUACGCCUCUGCAGUGCAUCCUGUGCGUGGGUUUGAUUUGGGAACUGAUCGAGGUAUAUGGCUUCUGCGCACUUGCGUCCCUCACUCUGCUCGGCAUUGUCCAGGCCUGUCUCGCACAAAAGAUGGGACCUCACCGGGUUAAGCGAGCGGGCAUGAUCAAUCGCCGCCUCGCACUCACGUCAGAGAUUGUAGAGAACAUCCAUUCGGUGAAGGCAUAUGGUUGGGAGGAAGUGAUGGAGACCAUCAUCAAGAACAUCAGACAAGAUGAAGUAACGCUGACGAGGAAGAUAGGCUCUCUGCGUUACUUCUACAGCGCCGCCUACUUCUUCUCCGCCAUCUUGGUGAUCGUGUCCGCCAUCGUGCCACACGCGCUCGGCACAGGUAUCAUCCUGCGCAGGAUCUUCACAACUGCAUCAUACUGCAUGGUGCUCCGCAUGACUCUUACACGCCAGCUGCCUGGUUCCAUCCAGAUGUGGUACGACACGCUGGCCCUGGUCAACAAGAUAGAGGAUUUCUUAUUGAAGGAAGAGUAUCGCGUUCUGGAGUACAAUCUGACCACAACUGAGCUGGAACUCAUCAACGUCUCUGCUUCCUGGGAUGAGGGCAUUGUGGAGCUUUUUGAGAAAAUCAAACAGGAGAGCAAAGCAAGCGGUCAUGCCAAUGGCGGCCUGUUUUUCACCAACCUUUACGUGACGCCCGUGCUGAAGAACAUCAGCCUCUACCUGGAGAAAGGAAAGAUGUUGGCAGUGGCUGGAUCGACAGGCUCCGGAAAGAGUUCCCUCCUCAUGUUGAUCCUAGGAGAGCUGAUGCCAUCCGAGGGAAAAAUCCGGCACAGUGGCCGCAUUUCCUUCUCCUCGCAGACCUCCUGGAUCAUGCCAGGCACCAUCCGCGACAACAUCCUGUUUGGUCUCACCUACGAUGAAUACCGAUACACAUCUGUCAUCAAGGCCUGCCAGCUCGAGGAAGACUUUGCAUUGUUGCCUGAAAAAGACAAGACGCUGCUCGGCGAAGGAGGCGUGACACUCAGCGGCGGUCAGAGGGCCCGUCUGGGCUUGGCCAGGGCAGUGUACAAAGACGCAGACCUAUACCUGCUAGACGCACCUUUCACACACUUGGACAUUGUGACUGAAAAAGAGAUCUUUGAGAAAUGUGUGUGCAAUCUGAUGUCGUCCAAAACCCGCAUUGUGGUGACUAGCAAGCUAGAACACCUGAAGCGCGCCGAUCAGAUCCUGCUGCUCCACAACGGAGACUGCUUCUUUUACGGCAGUUUCUCCGAGCUCCAGGCACAACGGCCUGAUUUCAGUUCACUGCUGCUGGGCAUGGAAGCGUAUGAUAAUGUCAACGCCGAGCGUCGGGGUUCCAUCCUCACCGAAACCCUCCGUAGGGUCUCCGUGGACGAAAGCGCCGGUUUUCGAGGACCCGAACCCGGGCGACAGUCCUUUCGCCACCCGCCGCCUCCACCCAUCAUCAACGGGCCCCAAAACGGUGGUGAUGGCUACCCGGAAAAACGCAAGCAGUCACUCAUCCUUAACCCGCUGGCUGCCGCCCGUAAGUUCUCCUUUAUCGGACAGCAAAACGCCAACGGGGCGCCCCCCACGAAUAUGGAGGACGCCGUGCGGGAGCUCUCGGAGAGAAAGUUCUCCAUGGUACCUGAGGAUGACCAGGUGGAGGAAGUGCUUCCCCGGGGGAAUAUCUACCACCACGACUUGCCCCACCUGAGCGGACAGCGCCGCCAGUCCGUGCUAGCAUUCAUUACCGGUGCCCCGGCCCACGAGCGGCACGAGCAGAUGCAGACAACAUUCCGAAAAAAACUCUCCAUUACGCCAUCCCACAUCGACCUCCCGUCUGACCUUGACAUCUACGCACGACGCCUGUCUAAGGACAGUGUCUAUGAUAUCAGCGAAGAGGUGGACGAGGAAGACAUGGAGCAAUGUUUUGCGGACGAGCGCGAGAACGUAUUUGAGACGACGUCGUGGAGCACAUACCUGCGCUACGUCACCACCAACAGGAGUUUAGUCUAUGUCCUUAUUUUCAUCUUCCUGGUCUUUGUCAUUGAGGUUGCAGGUUCAGUCAUUGGCAUCUACCUUAUUACCGAAAAAAUCUGGAGAGAUGGCCUAAACCCCAACUCGCCCAAUUACAUCAACGAGCAGCACCCCAAUGCCUCGUCACCACCCACUCACCUGGCAGUGAUCGUGACGCCCACCAGUGCCUACUAUAUCAUCUAUAUCUACGUGGCCACUUCAGAGAGUGUUCUAGCUCUGGGCUUCUUCAGGGGACUACCGCUGGUUCACACUUUGCUCACAGUCUCCAAGAGGUUGCAUGAACAGAUGCUCAGUUCAGUGCUGCGGGCCCCUAUGGCACUGCUCAACACCAUGAAGACAGGCCGCAUUAUGAACAGAUUCACAAAGGACAUGGCCACCAUUGACGACAUGCUACCACUGGUGCUCUUUGAUCUCAUACAGUUGUCAGUGAUCGUCUUGGGCGCCAUCUUCACAGUGUCCAUCAUCCGCCCAUACAUCUUCAUCGCCGCCAUCCCGCUGGCCGUAAUUUUCGUCAUCCUUAGAAAGUAUUUCCUGAGGACGGGACAGCAACUCAAGCUGCUGGAAGCUGAAGCUCGCAGUACCAUCUUCUCGCACGUCAUCAUCUCGCUGAGGGGUCUGUGGACCAUUCGGGCAUUUGGACGCCAGACGUACUUCGAAAUGCUCUUCCACAAGGCGCUUAACACUCACACGGCCGCAUGGUUUCACUACCUGGCCACGCUGCGCUGGUUCCUUUUCCGCUGCGACGUCAUCUUUGUGCUUUUUUUCACCGCUGCCGCCUUCAUCGCUGUAGGCACCAACCAGGACAAACCGGGUGAAAUUGGCAUCAUUGUGGCGCUCGCCAUGCUGAUCCUCGGAACGUUCCAGUGGGCCGUCAUCACCAGCAUCACCGUGGACGGUCUGAUGCGUUCAGUAGAUCGAGUGUUUAAGUUCAUCGACCUGCCGUCAGAGGAAGCGUCGGCGAGCAAAGGAGGGAAACCGGGAAGUGACCUGGUUAUCGACAACCCGCACGCUCAAGACUAUUGGCCUAACCGAGGUCAAAUGGAUGUGAAGGGCCUGACCGUCAAGUACACGGAGGCCGGACGCACCAUCCUCAGCGAUAUCAGCUUCUCUGUGGAAGGCGGACACAGCGUCGGUCUUCUCGGCCGUACGGGUUCUGGUAAAAGUACCUUGCUGUCAGCUCUUUUGCGUCUGGCGUCUACCGAUGGGGACAUCUGCGUGGACGGCAUCUCUUGGAACUCUGUGUCGCUUCACACCUGGAGGAAGGCCUUUGGCGUAGUGCCACAGAAAGUUUUCAUCCUAACCGGAACGUUUCGGAUGAACUUGGAUCCUUACGGCCGCUACAGUGACGAUGAGCUGUGGAGGGUCGCCGAUGAGGUGGGCUUGAAGUCAGUGAUCGAGCAGUUCCCCGACAAGUUAGACUUCCAGUUGGAAGACGGCGGCAAUGUUCUGAGCAACGGACACAAGCAGCUCAUGUGUCUGGCUCGCUCCAUCCUCAGCAAAGCUCGCAUCCUGCUGCUGGACGAACCCUCGUCCUACCUCGACCCCAUAACGCUGCAAGUUCUGAGGAAGACGCUGAAACAGUCAUUCUCGGGCUGCACCGUCAUACUUUCCGAGCAUCGUGUGGAACCUCUGCUGGAGUGCCAGUCCUUCCUGAUGAUGUCUGGCAGCUCCAUCAAGACGUACGACAGCAUCCACAAGCUGCUGAACGAGACGAGCCAGCUGAAGCAGGCCAUGAGCCCGUCGGACCGCCUCCGCCUCGGACCCUCGCUGCACCGGCUCAACUCGACCAAGAGGGCGGUGCCGCCGCUCACCAACAUCGCCUCAUUGCCCGAAGAGGCCGAAGACGAUGUGCUCGACACGCGGCUCUAGUCGUGCUGAUCGAAAAUUGGCGUGAGUUGAAAGCACUUUAGAGACACGCUGAGGUACUCGCUCAAACUAAAUGAUCAAGAGCACAAGUUGCCAGUAAUUCAUUCAAAGGCGGAAUCUGUAUUUUUAGCCGUGUUUUUUUUUUUUUUUGUCAUUGUCGGGGGCCCAGAUGUGCAAAUUGUUUGUUCUUUCAUAGGAAGCAGAGAAAUGUUCUAUAAAUGAUUUUGUUCCAAUUAUAUUUACAAUAAAACAUUUUGAAAAUUUUGGUCAAAUGCUUGGCGUUCUGUCAACAGCGGACCUUUAGAUCAUGUUAGACAUGUGAUUAGGGAUGGGAACCUCUGGGUACCUUACGACAGUGUUUUUCAACCGAUUCUGAGUCACGGCACGUUUUUACAUUUGAAAAAAUCUCGCGGCACACCACAAACCAAAAAUGUUCCAAAAUUACUUUAUGUACUUUAUGAAAUAAUUACUCAAUAUUUAUACUUACGCAGUGUGAAACUUGAGCCUGUUUAGAUGAACACAAAGCUGAUAUCCUGGCAGGAAUCUUCGUAAACAGCUCUGUAUUUUUUAUAGCAGUUAGGCUUGAAAAGCUCAGAAUUAUCAGACAGGGACUUUAGCGAUGUCUUUUACUGCAUCAGGGCCGAGCAUCUCGCUGACAGUAGCUUUACAGGAUAAUAGCAUUAUUGUCUCUGCCACAGUGUGGGACUUUUUGGAUUUAGCAGCAAGGUAACUAGCUUUGAGGGCUUUCUCAGAUUCAGAGAUUUAUUUGUCAUUGACACCAGCUCUCACAAGAUAACAGACGCAACGAAAUUCCGUUCGAUGAGUGAGCAUCGGGCUGCUGCAGACGAUUCCGCGCCGCCAACUUCUCUCUCUUCUUCAGAAUUUACAGAGCAAGUUACAAGUAGACACACAUACAGUGGGGCAAAUAAGUAUUUAGUCAACCACCAAAUUGUGCAAGUUCUCCUACUUGAAAAGAUUUGAGAGGCCUGUAAUUGUCAACAUGGGUAAACCUCAACCAUGAGAAACAAUGUGGAAAAAAAACAGAAAAUCACAUUGUUUGAUUUUUAAAGAAUUUAUUUCCAAAUUAUUGUAGAAAAUAAGUAUUUGGUCACCGACAAACAAGCAAGAUUUCUGGUUGUCAAAGAGGUCUAACGAGGCUCCAAUCGUUACCUGUAUUAAUGGCACCUGUUUUAACUCUAUUGGUAUAAAAGACACCUGUCCACAAACUCAGUCAGUCACACUCCAAACUCCACUAUGGCCAAGACCAAAGAGCUGUCGAAGGACAACGGAGACAAAAUUGUAGACCUGCACCAGACUGGGAAGACUGAAUCUGCAAUAGGUAAAACACUUGGUGUAAAGAAAUCAACUGUGGGAGCAAUUAUUAGAAAAUGGAAGACAUACAAGACCACCGAUAAUCUCCCUCGAUCUGGGGCUCCAUGCAAAAUCUCACCCCGUGGCGUCAAAAUGAUAACAAGAAUGGUGAGCAAAAAUCCCAGAACCACACAGGGGGACCUAGUGAAUGACCUACAGAGGGCUGGGACCACAGUAACAAAGGCUACUAUCAGUAACACAAUGCGCCGCCAGGGACUCAAAUCCUGCACUGCCAGACGUGUCCCCCUGCUGAAGAAAGUACAUGUCCAGGCCCGUCUGCGGUUCGCUAGAGAGCAUUUGAAUGAUUCAGAAGAGGACUGGGAGAAUGUGUUAUGGUCAGAUGAAACCAAAAUAGAACUUUUUGGUAGAAACACAGGUUCUCGUGUUUGGAGGAAAACGAAUACUGCAUUGCAUACAAAGAACACCAUACCCACUGUGAAGCAUGGGGGUGGAAACAUUAUGCUUUGGGGCUGUUUUUCUGCAAAGGUACCAGGAUGACUGAUCUGUGUAAAGGAAAGAAUGAAUGGGGCCAUGUAUCGAGAGAUGUUGAGUGAAAAUCUCCUUCAAUCAGCAAGGGCAUUGAAGAUGAGACGUGGCUUGGUCUUUCAGCAUGACAAUGAUCCCAAACACACAGCCAGGGCAACAAAGGAGUGGCUUCGUAAGAAGCAUUUCAAGGUCCUGGAGUGGCCUAGCCAGUUUCCAGAUCUCAACCCCAUAGAAAAUCUGUGGAGGGAGUUGAAAGUCCGUUUUGCCCAACGACAGCCCCAAAAUAUCACUGCUCUAGAGGAGCUCUGCAUGGAGGAAUGGGCCAAAACACAACAGUGUGUGAAAAGCUUGUGAAGAGUUACAGAAAACGUUUGGGCACAGUUACUGCCAAAAGGGUACAUAAACAAGUAUUGAGAUGAACUUUUGGUAUUGACUUAUUUUCCACCAUGAUUUGCAAAUAAAGUCUUUAAAGGGAUCCUCUAUUUUUAAGACAAGUAAUUCUUAUAAGAUAAAUGUUAGUAUGAGUUUUAAUAAUUUGAUAUUAAAACCCCUCUUAAUGUUUUUGUUUUAAUAAAGUUUGUAAAAUUAUUUUAAGGGAUCGGUUGCCAUUCUUGUUAGGUCGCAGUGCGUGACGUCACUGGUCCCGUUGGCGAAAUUCCAGCGCGUCACUCGUUAGCUUUCCCAACAUGUCGUCAGUUCUACCCUUCCUAUUUGAACCAGAUCUGUAUGGGGUUAUAUUGCUGACACUAUUUUGAGCGAGCAAUAAUGGAAAUGGAAAUUUCCAUUAUUGCUCGCUCAAAAUAGUGUCAGCAAUAUAACCCCAUAGAUCUGAAAAGUGAAGAGCAGGACAGCACUGUCAGUCGUUCACAAGACGAGCUUCAGGGAAAAAUGCGUGCAGCAAAUACCUGAUAAGACAAAAGUUGGGCAAAACUGGUGAUGCGAGAGAGUCCUGUUGGGAGCGAGAGUGCAUGCUGUUGGGAUUCGGGAACUCCGGUUUUAUUAGCAGAUAUUCAAGGUAAGCAUAUUGCGUUUUCAAACUUAUCCCAAUAUAAUUAUGUAGAUCGUUAGCAUCCAGAGCUGCCAUGUGCUUUACAUACAGUACAGGCCAAAGAGCACACCUUGUUUUAGCCAGGUCUUGUACAUUGUAACGCGUGGUAGCUAGGAUACGUGUAUAAAAGUACCAGAAAGGGGAGAAGCUUCCACUUAUGCGCAUUUAUUCACAAAAAAUAAUAUUCCCACCAUGACCACUCUUCACUCGGGAGCUCAGCAGUACGCAAACACGCGUUCCCUGACGAACUCCAACAUUGUUGUAAGGUCCACGUCAGAGUCACUGUCGUCACUUUAGCGUGCCGUAGUGCUUUAAUUAUUUAGUAUGAUUUGGGGAAAACUCCCACGAAGAAUAGUCAACAAAAAAAGCAAUACUAAUCCAAAUCCGCGUUUUUUUACUCACUUGAAGAUCCAGGAAUUAGACCGAUCCCAUGGAAAUAUCGCAGCCGCGAUCAGGCCGUCCAUUCCACAAAAUAGACUGAAAGACUAAAAAAAUGGACAGAUCCAAAACCAUAACUGCAGACGCGAUGGGACCGUCGGAUCCAGAAAAUAGACGGAUCCCUUAAUGACUGAGGAUCCAGGAAAAAUGUUGGGGAGCCAGUUGUAACGCGUGGUGGGUAGGAUACGUGCAUACAGGGACCAAAAAAGGGGAGAAGCUUCCACUUAUGCACAUUUAUUCACUAAUAAUAAUAAUUCCACCUUGA